AUGGGAAGUGAUACACCUGGCAGGGUCGCAGUCAAGACUUUCCUAGAGCCUCUUCGACUGCUGCAGAAACGUCUGAAUUAUCUGAUACAAGGAUCGAUUGCGGUUGAGCGUAUGAGUUUGGACAAUGUGAUUAGGGAUCUGAUAAAGUUGGACAGUGGACCUACGAAGAGGUCUUCAAGCGCAGAUAGCUGGGAAGACUUUUCUGGCCCUGGAGAGUCUAAGAGCGACAGCAAUCUUAUUGCCCACGGACACGGAAAGGACCUACGUCUUCCGAUCUACAUCGACAAGGAUCUUGACCUUGAUGGUGGUAAAGGUCGUGGGCACAACCUUCCGAGAUUUAGACUCCCUACUCAACCUGUCGAAUAUGUUCCCCAGGGCGAUCUUAAAUUAGCAGUCGAGAAGGUUUUGGAUAUCAGUCCCAAGGCCCUCUUCCACAUUCUCUUUGGUGAUAAGAGUGCUGUAUGGCAGCUUCUACUUCAUGAGCGAGAAGCUCGAGGUAAGAUGAAUUGUUCCAACUAUGCGGUCUAUCAAUACUAA